UAAAAUAUUUAUUAUAAACAAAGUAGAAACACAAAAACAUCUAUAAUCAAGAAGAAUAAACACCAAAAUGUAUAUGUUCUUCUACAGGAUUAAAAUAUCAAAAUACAAAUAUAAAUUUAAUAAGGCUCCUGUCCAGCAUGUUAUACUUACACACGACUUGUGGCAUUUCUUUGAGAUGCGAGAAAGAAGCAAUGUUUUCAGGAAAACAGUGUCUGUGAUUCUAAGGUUUCUGAGCCAGAACCUCACCCUUGUUCUCACUCCAAAGACAGCUUCUUCUUACACUGAAAGAAGGGCAAGUGAAAAGUGACAAUUUAGGUCAAUGUGAUGCAAGUCUAACGUUUUAGAUGUUGAGUUCUAUUAAAAAAAUCAACUAAUAUAAAUUCCUUGGAAAAUGGCCUCAAAAUUAAGCAGACUGUGAGAGAUAUAAAAAACACUGUCUUACUUCAAAUGUCAUGCUUUUCUGGAGAUAAUUUAAAACAAAUUGGGUUCAGGAAAAAGAGACUAUUUCCCCGAAUCUCUGGUGUAGUGUUCUAAUCUAUUAAAGGUCAAUGAAUAAUCACUUAAUAAACACAACAUGCUAGUAUUACUUCAAGAUGCUUAGCGUUUUGCUUUUAAACUCUUCCCAAGAUGUCCUACAAUAUUAUUGACAUAUCAAUGUUAUUAUAACACAUCAUUAACAGACUAUUAGACAAAAAAUUUGUGGGGUGUAAGUCUUCUCAUGUAAUUCUUCCACAGCUGAGAAAGCCAUAUUAUAUAACUGCAAGCUAAACACAGCAAACUAGUGGCUAAACAGGUUUUCCCCAAAAAAUGAAGAAAUCUAUUUUGCAAGUUGUUUAAAAUAGAAAAAUCAGAUUAAUCACGUAUUACUCAUGUGAUUUUAUGAUUUUUGAUAAUUUACCAAAACAUUAGCACAUCAUACAGCUCACAACUGUAGAGUGAGUAUCCUGUUGAUCUUCUUUCUCUAAAGAAGGGGUGUGUUUGAUGGUUGCUCUGGUGAUUAUCACUGUUUUAUGAAUAGGGGAAUGUAAAAGCACGCCAAUAAGGCCGAAGCACAAAUUACAACUGUAUUGUAGUGACUUGAAAUAGUAUAGCCAGGGCUCCUUUCAGAUGAAACUUGAGCUCCUUUAGGUGCCCAUUCAGUAAAUCCUGUCCUGUGAGGUUUGAAAAGAUGUACCCUGGCAAGUUCUCACACUGAUCUUUUUUUUACACUGAUAACAGCAUAUGGGUAAGCCACAAACAUAAAUGAAGCCAAAAUGGGAGGAAAAUCAGGACAGAUUUUCUUUGGAUCAAAAAACCUAGUUAGUUGGUAAGGAACUCUGCAAUUAGUUGUGACUCAUUUCCAUCAUCCUAAAAUAACACUAAAUGAAUGGCAGUAAGAAGACAGGUUAACUGAAUUGUUGACAAAUGGCAUAGGCAUGAAAAUGACCCAACAGCCCCUUGUAAGCCAGAAGAGCCAUCAGAAAGGAAGCCAGAUUUCUCUCUGCAAAACGUUCGUUUGUUUUGCAAGUGAGAGAGGGCAAAGAUACUUCAGAUUCUUUUUCUUUUUUUUUCCUUUUCGUGCUUAAGGCCUUGAAUUCAAAAUUAGGCCUUUGAAUUAAAUUAAAAAGAAUGUAAGUAAAUAAUAGUGGGGGAAAGGCAAAUCAUUUCAUGGGGUGUAGAGUUAAUAGUUAACCUGAUAAUAAGGCCAGAAUCUCAUUCCAUAUGUUAAACUACCCCAAUUAGCUAGUGAUCAGUGUCUAACUAUCAGGCAUUAUUGCUGAAGUGCAAGCAGGGGCUCCAGGAGGCUAGAGGUCAGCGACAGGUCUCUGGGCUCUCGCAACAGAGGACCAGCCAGGGAAUUUGUUCUAGUUAAAACUAGAGGGUUUCCGUCUGUUUGCUUUUUUUCUUACUUUAGUCACUCUUGGUUUGUUAUCAUUUGUAUUAUUUAUUUUACGGUUAAACUAUAAGCCUAAGUUGCAUCACUGGCGCCCCGAGAAACCUCCUCCCACAGGCCCGCUGGGGCUUUGUCCUUGGGCAUCCGUGGCCUCUCCAAAGCCAAAAGACGUCGGGGCCAGCUCAGGUCGCCUGAGUAAACACAAACCUGGGAAGCCGAGGGCCCCCUAAGUCAGUAGUGGGGGAGCUCCUCCUGGAAACCCACAGCGACCCUGAAGGGCUCAACCUCGAGCAGGACCUUUCCUCCAUAUUCCAACGCAGUCAGAGGAGCCCUGGGUUUCCCCCGCGUAGCGUCACCGCCCCACGCCGGCCACUCUGUCCCAUCCUCCCUUGCUGUCCUACUCUGUCCCUCGCCAUCCCUCACAGUCCCACACUGUCCCUCACCGCCCCUCACAGUACCUCACCGUCCACUGUCCCACACUGUCCCUUGACAUCCUUCAUAGUCCCACACAGUCCCUCACUGUCCCUCACCGCCCCUCACAGUGCCUCACUGUUCACUGUCCCAUACUGUCCCACACUGUCCCUUGCCAUCCUUCACUGUCCGAGUCCCUCACAGUCCCAAAGUCCCUCACUGUCCCACACAGUCCCUCACCGUCCCACACUGUCCCUCACUGUCCUACACAGUCCCUCACUGUCCCUCAUUGUCCCUCACCGUCCCACACUGUACCACAGUCCCGCACUGUCCCUUACCGUCCCACACUGUCCCUCACUGUCCCACACCGUCUCUCAUCGUCCCGCACUGUCCCACACAGUCCCUCACCGGCCCACACGGUCCCUCAUCAUCCCACACUAUCCUUCACUGCCCCACACAGUCCCUAAGUGUCCCUCACUGUCCCUCCCACGCCGCAAGCCCAGUCGAGAGCGGCUCCCCUCUCCCCCUCCAGGGCUUCUUCGGCCCACACGGCCAGCGGCGGCCCGCGGAGAGGGAAAAACACAUAAUCUUGCCCGGAGCCUGAAUUUAUGGGAAAUCCCGCGCGAGGCGCGAUGUGCCCUCAGUUCGGGCAGGAACGGCGGCCGAGGCCCGGGUGGCCGCGGGCUUCUGAGGAAAGCUCGGCGUUGAGAGGCUCCCAGGGCUGCCGCACGGCUCGGGCAGAGGAGCGGAGCUGCGGCCGCGAUCAGCCCGGAGACGCCUCUCCCGGAGACAAAGCCGGCUCCCGGCAGCGCCGCGCUACGCCACGGUGGGCCCGGCGCAACGCCUCGGCCGCGGCAUCGCCCCUUUAAGCGGCGCGCGCCCUGAUUGGCUGCGGGAGGAGGCGGGGCGGGACGCGGCGACCUCACGGCCCCGCGGCCUAUGCUAUAUAUAGAGGCGGCGGCGGCAGCCGCGGCGACGGCGGCUCGGUGCGAGGCAGAGUGCUAGCGGGAGCGCGAGCCAGCAAGAGGCGCCUGCGCGAUGUCCGGGCCCCUGAGCCCGCGGCGCUGAGCCAGCCGGGACGGACAUGCGCGGGAGGGCGCCGCGGGGCAGCCGCCGCUCCUCCGGGGGAAUGAAAGCUACUGGUUGAUUUUAAAGUGCCUGGGCCUCACAGGUUUGGAGAUGUCCCAGAAUAAGGCACAAUGUCAAUAGCAGGAGUUGCUGCUCAGGAGAUCAGAGUCCCAUUAAAAACUGGAUUUCUACAUAAUGGCCGAGCCAUGGGGAAUAUGAGGAAGACCUACUGGAGCAGUCGCAGUGAGUUUAAAAACAACUUUUUAAAUAUUGACCCGAUAACCAUGGCCUACAGUCUGAACUCUUCUGCUCAGGAGCGCCUAAUACCACUUGGGCAUGCUUCCAGGUCUGCUCCGAUGAAUGGCCACUGCUUUGCAGAAAAUGGUCCAUCUCAAAAGUCCAGCUUGCCCCCUCUUCUUAUUCCCCCAAGUGAAAACUUGGGACCACAUGAAGAGGAUCAAGUUGUAUGUGGUUUUAAGAAACUCACAGUGAAUGGGGUUUGUGCUUCCACCCCUCCACUGACACCCAUAAAAAACUCCCCUUCCCUUUUCCCCUGUGCCCCUCUUUGUGAACGGGGUUCUAGGCCUCUUCCACCGUUGCCAAUCUCUGAAGCCCUCUCUCUGGAUGACACAGACUGUGAGGUGGAAUUCCUAACUAGCUCAGAUACAGACUUCCUUUUAGAAGACUCUACACUUUCUGAUUUCAAAUAUGAUGUUCCUGGCAGGCGAAGCUUCCGUGGGUGUGGACAAAUCAACUAUGCAUAUUUUGAUACCCCAGCUGUUUCUGCAGCAGAUCUCAGCUAUGUGUCUGACCAAAAUGGAGGUGUCCCAGAUCCAAAUCCUCCUCCACCUCAGACCCACCGAAGAUUAAGAAGGUCUCAUUCGGGACCAGCUGGCUCCUUUAACAAGCCAGCCAUAAGGAUAUCCAACUGUUGUAUACACAGAGCUUCUCCUAACUCCGAUGAAGACAAACCUGAGGUUCCCCCCAGAGUUCCCAUACCUCCUAGACCAGUAAAGCCAGAUUAUAGAAGAUGGUCAGCAGAAGUUACUUCGAGCACCUAUAGUGAUGAAGACAGGCCUCCCAAAGUACCGCCAAGAGAACCUUUGUCACCGAGUAACUCGCGCACACCGAGUCCCAAAAGCCUUCCGUCUUACCUCAAUGGGGUCAUGCCCCCGACACAGAGCUUUGCCCCUGAUCCCAAGUAUGUCAGCAGCAAAGCACUGCAAAGACAGAACAGCGAAGGAUCUGCCAGUAAGGUUCCUUGCAUUCUGCCCAUUAUUGAAAAUGGGAAGAAGGUUAGUUCAACACAUUAUUACCUACUACCUGAACGACCACCAUACCUGGACAAAUAUGAAAAAUUUUUUAGGGAAGCAGAAGAAACAAAUGGAGGCGCCCAAAUCCAGCCAUUACCUGCUGACUGCGGUAUAUCUUCAGCCACAGAAAAGCCAGACUCAAAAACAAAAAUGGAUCUGGGUGGCCACGUGAAGCGUAAACAUUUAUCCUAUGUGGUUUCUCCUUAGACCUUGGGGUCAUGGUUCAGCAGAGGUUACAUAGGAAUGGUUCUCAAUUUUCCAGUUUGAUUGAAGUGCAGAGAAAAAUCCCUUAGAUUGCAAAAUAAAACAGUUGAACUCUGUCUUCAUGUGGAAGGUUUAGAGCAGUUGUGAGAUGCUGUUAUGCUGAGAAACCCUGACUUUGUUAGUGUUGGAAAAAAGUCUUACAAGUCUAUAAUUUAAAGAUGUGAUGGUGGGGAGGGGAGGAUGGGGAAGCUUUUUAUAUAUGCAUACAUUACAUACCUAUAUAUAAACUUGUGGUAUAACCAUAGACCAUAGCUGCAGGUUAACCAAUUAGUUACUAUCGUAGAGUAAUAUAUAUUCAGAAUAAUAAACUCAAGCUGGAGAAAUGAGUCCUGAUAGACUGAAAAUUGAGCAAAUGGAAGAAGAUACAGUAUUGUUUAGAUCAGAAUCAUUAAAAAAUAUUUUUGUUUAGUAAGUUUGAAGAUUUCUGGCUUUUAGGCCUUUUCUAUUUUGUUUCAUUUAUUUUUGCAGGCAGUCUUUUCCAUGGAGGGCAGGGUAUCCAUUCUUUACCAUGGGUGUACCUGCUUAGGUUAAAAAUCAUCCCAAGGCCUCAUACUUCCAGGUUUCAUGUUGCGUCUUGUUGAGGGAGGGAGAGCAGGUUACUUGGCAACCAUAUUGUCACCUGUACUUGUCACACAUCUUGAAAAAUAAAACGAUAAUAGAACUAGUGACUAAUUUUCCCUUACAGUUCCUGCUUGGUCCCACCCACUGAAGUAGCUCAUCGUAGUGCGGGCCGUAUUAGAGGCAGUGGGGUACGUUAGACUCAGAUGGAAAAGUAUUCUAGGUGCCAGUGUUAGGAUGUCAGUUUUACAAAAUAAUGAAGCAAUUAGCUAUGUGAUUGAGAGUUAUUGUUUGGGGAUGUGUGUUGUGGUUUUGCUUUUUUUUUUUAGACUGUAUUAAUAAACAUACAACACAAGCUGGCCUUGUGUUGCUGGUUCCUAUUCAGUAUUUCCUGGGGAUUGUUUGCUUUUUAAGUAAAACACUUCUGACCCAUAGCUCAGUAUGUCUGAAUUCCAGAGGUCACAUCAGCAUCUUUCUGCUUUGAAAACUCUCACAGCUGUGGCUGCUUCACUUAGAUGCAGUGAGACACAUAGUUUGUGUUCCGAUUUUCACAUCCUUCCAUGUAUUUAUCUUGAAGAGAUAAGCACAGAAGAGAAGGUGCUCACUAACAGAGGUACAUUACUGCAAUGUUCUCUUAACAGUUAAACAAGCUGUUUACAGUUUAAACUGCUGAAUAUUAUUUGAGCUAUUUAAAGCUUAUUAUAUUUUAGUAUGAACUAAAUGAAGGUUAAAACAUGCUUAAGAAAAAUGCACUGAUUUCUGCAUUAUGUGUACAGUAUUGGACAAAGGAUUUUAUUCAUUUUGUUGCAUUAUUUUGAAUAUUGUCUUUUCAUUUUAAUAAAGUUAUAAUACUUAUUUAUGA